AUGAUGGAUGUUAAAGGCAACAGCAACAGCAACAGCAACAGAAACAGCUCCUCCUCCACCACACAAAGUGAUGAAGAGAUGAUGGGUGACUUAAGAAGAGGUCCAUGGACUGUUGAAGAAGACUUCAAGCUUAUCAAUUACAUUGCUACUCAUGGUGAGGGACGCUGGAAUUUUCUGGCUUUUCGUGCAGGUCUCAAACGAACUGGAAAGAGUUGCAGAUUAAGAUGGCUCAACUAUCUAAGGCCUGAUGUUCGACGUGGAAACAUUACUCUCGAAGAGCAACUCAUGAUCCUUGAACUUCAUUCUCGAUGGGGCAAUCGGUGGUCUAAAAUUGCACAACACUUGCCAGGGAGAACCGACAACGAAAUCAAGAACUAUUGGAGAACCCGAGUUCAAAAGCACGCAAAACAGCUUAAAUGUGACGUGAAUAGCAAGCAAUUCAAGGACACCAUGAGAUACCUUUGGAUGCCAAGGUUAAUUGAAAGAAUUCAAGCAGCAGCAGCUGCUACCAACACCACCACAACCAGCACUGCAAAGUCGGCUUCCCCGGCUGCCACGGUCUCCGCUGCUGCCACUAAUCACCACAUAAUCAACAAUAUUGAUGGGGGCAGUGGGAACUUGAUCAUGGCACAUGGUGUCAAUGUUGGCAAUGACUUUGGUGUCUCACAUGUUACACAAAGUUACACCCCGGAGAAUUCUAGCACCGCUGCCUCAUCGGACUCGUUUGCUACUCAAGUUUCUCCUGUUUCGGACAUGACUACUGAUUAUUACCAUAUCCCGGUUAAUCAUAACCCUAAUCCGGAUUAUUUCCAAGCUGGCCAAGUUGGCUACUCAGAGUCCAUGAUUAGUCCUACUGGUUAUUUUAACCAAGGAUUAGAUUUCCAAGCGAUGGAGCAUAACAACAACAACAAUCAGUGGUUAAUGGACAGUGGGGACACAUCGGACAAUUUGUGGAAUCCUGAGGAUAUUUGGUUUUUACAGCAGCAGCUAAACAACAUGUGA